UGUCGGGGCGAAUACGGUCCCACUGAAACGAGUCUCAUUUCCUUCGAAGAUCUGAUACCUGCACAUUCCGCAAUGAGAUUCGUCGCGGAAGUCGGUGGAGCAGCCGGUGGCGCCGAGGAGGGUGCCGCUUCCGCAGUCGGUCCAGGUCAGAGUGGUGGCCCCGGUGGCCAGGAGGGAGGCGCAGCCAGCGAGGGGACCGCUGGCGGUGUGCCGGCCGUGCCCGGCGGCCCGGCCGGUGGCGCCCGCCGCUUUGUGGACGACGUGAAGAAGCGGCACAUCCAGCGGCAACUGGCGCUGCUCCUCCAUGCGCACAGGUGCCGCCAGCCACAGUGCCCGGUCCACUUCUGCGGGUACAUGAAGCAGGUGCUGCGCCACGCCAUCCCCUGUCGCCGGGGCCGGGUCUGCCCCACGAAGCACUGCACCUCGUCGCAGCAGAUCCUCAUGCACUACAAGAUCUGCAGGGACCACGACUGCAGGAUUUGCUCCAGUUUCCCAAGGCGUUUGGCGGUUUCGGAAAGUGAAAAUGCCUAACAGUCAACCCGAUGAAUUCAUUUUCUGUAAAUUACCAAAGAAAAACCAGAGCAUCGAAUAAAAAUCACCAUGUCAUCGCCAAGAAUCCAAUUGAAAGACGAGAAAAAAUAGCAUAGGAAGCUGUGAGAAUAUCAAAUUGCUUAUAAACAGGGACCAAAUAGUUAAGUUGUUCAGCUGUAGAUUAUUCCAUAGUUAUAGUUGGUUUAGCCUUGUAGUUGUAAAGGCUAUAAUCAGACAAAUGUAUUUAACCUUGUCUAUUUUACUGAAGUAUCUAAGGUUUUAUGGAAAGGAUCAACAAAUAAUAUUAACCCAUGAUUAAAAAAAGACCAAAUAAAAUCAUGAUAAUUACUGAG